AUGGCGAAGAAUAAUUCUUUCGAAGACCAGAAAAUGGCGCGUGGCCAUGCUGGGGAUAGCAGUGAGGGUGAAAUUCUUGACGUUGGAAGCCCAACCGUGGCUGUUGACCAUGGCUUGCAAAGGGCAUUGAGUGAGCGCCACCUGCAGAUGAUUGCAUUGGGUGGUGUUGUCGGUGCAAGCAUAUGGUAUGGAACAGGCACUGCAUUAUCAUACUCGGGACCAGUCGGCGCGCUGGUUUCAUUUAUCGUCAUUGGUAUCGAUGUAUUUUUUGUGAUGCAAAGUCUGGGAGAGCUAUCGACGCUUUACCCAUCGUCAGGCGCUUUUGCCGAAAUGGCUGGUAGAUUCAUUGAUCCAGCCGUCGCGGUCGCACUCGGAUGGAACUACUGGUACAUGUGGGUUGCCAAUCUAAUGGCGGAAUAUAAUAUGGUAUCUGUGGUACUGGGGUACUGGACUGACAAAGUUCCAUCUUACGGCUGGAUUCUCAUAUUCUGGGCAAUCUACCAAGGUAUUGCUUUCUUCGGUGUGAUUGUAUACGGAGAACUUGAAUUUUGGUUGGCCCUGUGGAAGAUCCUUUGCAUCUUAGCUGGAUACGUUCUGGCGAUCCUUGUCAAUACGGGCGGAAUUGGUGGAGAUUACAUUGGAUUUCGCUAUUGGCGUGAUCCUGGUCCCUUCACCAAUGGAAUAAAUGGCUUCGGUAAAGCCUUUGUUCUGGCAGCGGUGUACUAUUCUGGAACCGAGAUGAUUGCUAUUACCGCUGGAGAGAGCCGCAAUCCGAGGAGAGAUGUCCCAAAGCUGACUGGGAUAAAUCGCAAUCAGGCUAUUCGACAAACUAGCUUCCGCAUUGUAUUGAUCUUCCUGGGAAUGGUCUUCUUCUCUGGAAUCAUUGUACCAUCGAAUGAUCCGGGCUUUUUGACUGCAGGAUCGGGGACCGGAAGUUCUCCAUUCAGUAUUGCCUUACAAAAGGCCGGUUGGCAGGGGGCUCCGAACCUGAUCAACGUUUUCAUCCUUACAGCCUCAUUCUCUGCUAUCAACUCGGCUAUCUACAUUUCAUCUCGCGUUCUAUACUCUCUCGCUACUCUCGGUCGCGCCCCGGCCUUCCUUAAAAAGACCACUUCGAGAGGAGUUCCGAUAUAUGCCGCAAUUUUGUCAAACUUGAUGGGACUGGUGGCAAUCAUGAACGUUGCAAGCGGAGCCGGAACGGCUUUUGGGUAUAUCUUGGAUAUCGCAGGUGCGGCCGCGUUAAUCGCGUGGGGAUGUAUUGGAGUUACACAUCUGCGCUUUCGUCACGCCUGGAAGCUUCAAGGGCGUAGCGCAGAAGAGCUGCCAUUCCGUGCAUUUCUCUUCCCCUAUGGUGCUUAUUUCGUUUCCGGCUUCAACACUUUCCUGGUUUUGAUUCAGGGAUAUGGGACCUUGUUGACUCCAUGGCAGCCGGUCGGAUUUGUGUUCUCAUACAUCAUCCUUGUCCUCUUUAUCUUGGCUUAUGCGUUCUGGAAGGUCAUCAAGAGAACAAGACUUGUAAGUUUGUCUGAAGUUGACUUGAAUUACGGUCAGAGGGAUCUGUAA